AUGCUUAAGAAUAUUCUCCAUCUAGGUCCUUAACUAAAAUCUUUUGCUAGAAUAAACUAAGAUGAAUUUAUGAAAUUAAAGUAAAGAAAAAUAGAAUUAGAACUCAAAUUAAAAUAGAAAGAAUUAGAAACGAAAUAAAAUUAAAAAUAAGACUAAAAUAUAGAUUAAGAAAACACUAUAUUUAAAUAAUCACAGCCUCAAGAUUCUAAAAAAUGGAAAGGAGUAUUGAAAAAAUGUAAACAGAUUAAUAUUCAUGACCAUCCUCAACUUUAGCAUAAAUGAAGGAAGCAGAAAGAGUAAAGAAGGAAAAAAAGAAAAAAGCACUAUUAAGUAAAUUUGAAUAAUUGACAAUAUCUUUAAGAGUUGAUAAUGUUUAAAUUAAAAAUAAGAUAUUAAAAGGAAAAGUGAAGUAAUUACAUUUUAAAAGCAGAAGGAUAACAUUUUUAUGAAAAAAUGCAAUGGUAUACGAAAAUAGAAAAAUCAAAUAAGAGAUGAAAAUCUGGUAGAAUAAACAUCAUUAUUCAAUCUGCUCCAGAAGCUGAAGCUAAGAUAAAGGUAAAUAAAAAUUUAGCUAAUGAAAGUGAUGAAAUAUUAAAUGGAUUUAAGAUUGAUUAAAAAAAACAAGAAGAAUAACAUUUAAAAACUAAAGAAAGAUGCAUGAUCUUAGUUAAUGAAAUCAAUUAAUAAAAAAAGUAUGUGAUAAUUUUAGAAAUAAUAAAGUAGGAGAACUAUAUGAAGUUUAAUAAAUUAUUCAAAGAGAUGCUAUAUUUUAUUAUAAAGAUAAAAGGUUAAUUAAAUCAAUUUUAUAGUGAUUUAUAUGAAUAAGUUCUUUUUAUUAAAGAGAAUUGAAUGAAUAAAAAUUCGGAUAAUCAGAAUUUAAGAGAUUAUUAUAUUAUUAAAGGGACUAUUGAAUUAACGAUUUAGAAUUUGAUAGAGAAAGAUUCUUAGUAAGUCCAAGAUUUUGAUAGAUUCGAAAAUAAAUUCGGUAGACAAAUAAUUGAAUUAGAUAGAGUUAAAAAUGAAAGGAAUACAUAUUUUUGAAACAUAGCACAUCCGAUUGGAUAUGAAAUUUCAAGAGAAGUGCCUUUAUGUCCUCCUUGUUAAGAUAAAGAUGUUAUAAAAUUAAGGAAGGGUCUUUUAUUUUUGAAAGAAGAAAAAGUGAGAGCACCAGAUGAAGCUGAAUAUUUGGAGUAUUGAUAUCAAGAUUUAGAAUUAGCAGAAGAUAGAACUAUUAGUUUAAUGUUUAAUGGCACAUCAAAAUAAGAAUGAAUCUGAUCUUAAUUAUAAAUUCCAAAUAGGAUUAUGAAGUUUUUCAAUGA